UUCCUGCGCCGCCAUAUUCGCUGUGCUCUCCUGGCUCCUGAGAGGUGUCCCAGGUGUCUCGGCUUCAUUGCUUCGUGACCUUCACAAAUUUCGGGAGCCCUGAGGAAGACCCGGGGACCCUAGGAGCCGGCAAUGGUGUCUGUGACCUUUGAUGAUGUGUUUGUCAACUUCACCCUGGAGGAGUGGGCUUUGCUGGAUCCUUCACAACAGAAGCUGUACAGGGAUGUGAUGGUGGAAACCUUCAGGAACCUGGCCUCUGUUGAAAAAGAAAGGGAAGACCAGACCAUUGAAGAUAGGGAAGACCAGACCAUUGAAGAUGUGUACAAAAAUCCUAGGACAAAUCAAAGAAUACCAGUUUUAGAGAGUCUCAGUGAAUUGAAUGAAGGAAUUCGGUGUGGAGAAAUCUUCAGUCAUACUCCAGAUUGUACUGGCAACAAGGAAACUCCUACUGGUAUAGAACCACGUGAAAGUCAUGUAUUUGAAGUCCUCUUUGCUCAUUCUUACUUCAGUGUGCCCUUCAGAGCUUACACUGUCUGCACACCAUUUCAGUAUCAGAAGUAUGUAGAGAAGCCAUAUAAAUUUGAGGAAUAUGAGAAAGCCUUCGGUUUCCCUGAAUGCUCUCAGAAUCAUGGAAUGACUAAUACUGGUCAGGAUUCCCAUGAAUAUAAGCAAUGUGGGAAAGCCUUCAAUCAUACCAGUUCCCCUCAAAUAAGUGAAAAAAGUCACACUGGAGAGAAACCCUACACAUGUAAGCAGUGUGGGAAAGCUUUCUGUUCUUUGAGUGAUGUUCGAAGACAUGAGAGAACUCACACUGGAGAGAAACCCUUUGUGUGUAAGCAAUGUGGGAAAGCCUUUAGUUCUUCUGGUUACAUAAAAAUCCAUGAAAGGACUCACACUGGAGAGAAACCCUAUGUGUGUAAGCAGUGUGGAAAAGCAUUUGGGCAGUCCAGUCAUUGUCUCAUACAUGAAAGAACACACACUGGAGAGAAGCCCUAUGUAUGUAAGCAAUGUGGAAAAGCCUUUUUUUCUUUGAGUGAUGUUCGAAAACAUGAACGAACUCACAGUGGAGUGAAACCUUUUUUAUGCAAGCAGUGUGGAAAAUCCUUCUUUUCUUUGAGUGAUGUUCGAAAACAUGAACGAACUCACAGUGGAGUGAAGCCCUUCUUAUGUAUGCAGUGUGGGAAAGCCUUCUAUUCUUGGAGUGAUGUUCGAAAACAUGAUCGAACUCACAGUGGAGAGAAACCCUUUGUAUGUAAGGAAUGUGGGAAAGCCUUCAGCGAUUCCAGUUCCCUUCACAAACACAAAAUAACUCAUACAGGAGAGAAGCCCUACACGUGCAAGCAAUGUGGAAAAGCCUUCUUUCUGUUGGGUGACAUUCAAAGACAUUUACGAACUCACAGUGGAGAGAAACCCUUUGUAUGUAAGCAAUGUGGAAAAGCCUUCAGUUGUUCCAGUUACAUCAAAAUACAUGAAAGAACUCACACUGGAGAGAAACCCUAUGUGUGUCAGCAAUGUGGCAAAGCCUUCUUUACUUUAAGCAAUGUUCGAAGACAUGCACGAACUCACAAUGAAGACAAGCCCUGUGUGUGUGAGCAAUGUGGAAAAGUCUUCCUUUCUUUGAGUGACUUAAAAAGCCAUGAACAGACUCACACCGAGCAGAAACCUUAUGUUUUGGUUUGAAUAUGAAAUGUCCUCCAUACAUACCUGUGUUCAAAGCUUGGUCCCCAGUUGGCAGCACUAUUUUAGGAGAUUGUAGAAACAUUAGAAGGUGGGGCCUAAUUGAGGAAGUAGGCCACAAAGGUGGGGAUGUACCUUGGAAGGUUUCACCUGGCCCCUCUUCCCUGUCAUGCUGUCUCUGCUUUCUGUCCACCAUGAGUUAGUAUCCUCAACUACUUGUUCCCACAGUCAUAAUGUUUGAAUCAAUAGAGCCAGCUGAUGGACUGAAAUGUCUGAAAGAAAGAAUUUCCCUCUUAAGGCUGAGGCAAUUGUAUUACAAAUCAAGGUUUGCCUGAGCUACAUAGUUUGAGGCCUAGGCUGCACAGUAAGAUCCUAUCCAACAAAAAUGAAGAAACAAAAAUGAUAAAUAGAUUCAAUAUUUAGGUUGUUUAUGUCAGGUAUUUUUGUUACAGUGACUGGGAAGGCAUUCAAUCUUGUCCCUUUCUCAUGCAUGAAAGAACUCAUAGGAGUGAUCCUGAAGAAACAUGGCAAGCCUUCUUUAGCACAUGGACAUUCUAACAAACAUGAAAAUGAAGAAUGGAGAGAAUUUAUUUCCAUACAAAAUAUGUGGCAGUGUGUCUUAUCAUCUUUAGUUCAGUAAACAGAUACGAAAGAGCAGUAUGGACAAAAACCUGGAAUAGAAGAGAUGAGUAAGCCAGGAGCCAGUGGCUUAUGCCUGUAAAUCUAGUUGGGAGGCUGAGAUGGGAGUAUUGUGGUUUGAAUCUAGC